AUGUCCUUUUUUCUUCAGGUAUUUUACAACAACAUAAACGUCAUUAAAAGAGCCAGAGAAGGUACUGGCCAUACCGACAGCAAGAGGGUAUCAUGGACCUGUAGUACUGAGUUUGAGGGGACAGUUAAGGAUAGUAUAAGUUUUCUAAAUAGUGAUUCCUAUGCUCUCAUGUCUAAAGAGUCCCAAGCAACAGGAGAAACAUUAUUUUUAAAAUUUCGCACUAUGGAAGAGACUGGUGUAAUCUUUUACAAUGGCGGCUUUGAUUUUGUUUUGCUGGAAAUUGAGAAUAAACAAUUAAAUUUCAAUUUUAAUAAAGAAGGCAGUUUAAUCAAACUAAUAGCCAACGAGACAGUCUCCGAUGGCCGAUGGCAUAAAUUGAUUUUGCGCUAUAAUGCUGUAAUGGCGGAAAUGAUUUUGGAUGAUAAAGUGUAUCGUGGCACACACGAUAAUGACACUAAAGCUACAAUAAAUUUAGAGAAAAGUAUUUUCAUUGGCGGUGUGCAGGAGGAUAUGCGUAGACGUUUGUGGCACAAGGGUUUGCGUAUCAAUGAUCACAGUUUUAUGGGAUGUAUGAAAGAUAUCCAGAUAAAUAAUUUGGAUUUGGGUUUUCCACAAAUGAAUAAAUCACAACAUUUAGCCUUGAAUUGUAUAUGGAAAUAUCCGUGUGUGGAGUAUGAACCCUGUCUUAAGAGUGGUUAUUGUAAUCAGUAUGGAGUGGACGAGUUUAUAUGUUAUUGCGAUCAGUCGUAUUGUAUUAAGGCCGAUUUUCAAGGACCUUAUAAGAUUUUCACUGAAAUUAGUCCCACUGUGGAGUUAUUAUAUGUCUCCCCUGUGGAGCUGUUGGAAGGCGGCACUGUUUUCCUUUCACCUCACUUUCUGGAUGUUCUCUUGGAUACCCGUAAAACUUCGGGUAUUUCAGAUUCUUCUAUAGUUUUCCAUGUGGUGCAACAACCUCGUUAUGGUCAACUAUUACAAUUCUCUCCUGAGAAAAAUAACUUCGUAACUUGUCGCACUUUCAAUAUGGUAGACUUAUCAACCGAUAAGGUAAAAUAUGUACACAAUGGCAUGGAAAAUUUCAAUGAUCAUGCCACUCUGGAUAUGCAAAUAUAUGGCGAUAUACAUAAAGUUCCUGAGAACCUUUUAGGCAAACAUCGUUUUAUGCUACAUGCCAAUAUUACUCCGAUCAAUGAUCCGCCCCAGCUAAAAGUACCACCCAAUAAGAUUCUGCGCGUUAUAGAAGGUAUAGAAAAGAAUUUGGAUGUAGAUUUAUUUAAUAUACAGGAUCCCGAUAGUCCUGCUAAUGUUCUGGUGUAUACCAUUUUACCCUCAACAAAUCCUCAAGAGGCAUUUGGACGUUUUAUGGUUAAUGGACAAUCGACAAUGACUUUUUCACAGGCCGAUGUUAAUAUGGGUAAAGUCACAUUUCUAUAUAAUGCCACAACAUCGGAGACCUUUAGUUACAAAUUGUUAAUGCAAGUAUCGGAUGGCAUAGAAACCAGCGAUACCGUGUUCCUUUCCGUUUCCGUACAUCCCAUGGAAUUAGGUUUGGUUAACAAUACCGGACUUAUAAUGAUACACAAAUCUUCUUUAUUAAUAACACCCUCGAAUUUAUCCAUUGGCACUACGACAGUUGUAGAAAAUAUAGAUAUACGCUAUGAUAUAGUAAAACCACCUCAGUAUGGUUCCAUUCAAAGGCUAAGACAGGUAGAUGCCACCUGGAUUAAUGUUGACUGGUUUAGUGAUAGUCAAAUGUUGCUGGGUCACAUACGUUACGUGCACAAUCAUGAUUUGCCCUGGCAAGAUGAAUUUAAGUUUAUUGCCUCGUAUGGUUUUAUUACAACCCAAACAUUUGAUUUCCGUAUUAUUUUUACACGCCUGCGCAUUAACUCUCGCAAACCUUCUAUGAUUGCGAUAAAUGGCUCCCGAGAGUUUAUAUUAACCAGUGAUGUUUUGUCCUAUGAGACGGUGCCAAUUGAGACGUUUCCUCGCAAUAUUAUUUAUAAAAUUUCGAAUCCUACAAAAUAUGGCAACAUUUAUGUUGAAGGAUCAAGGAAAUUUGCAAAGAAAACUCUUAAGUGA